GCGCAGCCCCUUCCCAGCCCAGCGCCCCGUGGUCGCCCAAGGGACCGCGGCCACCGCGGCCACCCCCCGCCGCCCGGGCCAUGAGGUCGGGCCGGAGAGACGCCACCUGUGCGGGGAGGUGAGCGGAGCCCCGGCGCCUUCCUCCGACCCCCGGGCAGCCACAGCGGCGGGGAAGCGCAGGGGGUGGAGGAAGGAAAAGGGAUAUUUUUUGUUUUAUUCUAUAUCGAUCUAUUUCUGCCGCGAUCGAUCCCGAUCCCGCAACUGAAGCCCCCGGAGGGAGAAGUGCUGCGCGCUGUGAUGCGUCUUCCUCUCGCCUCGGCUGCCAGUUUGGAUUGUAGCGCCCGGCUCCGUGCACUGCGAGGAUGGCUCGGUUUGGGGAUGAUCUGCCAACCCGCUAUGGAGGUGGAGGGCCGGCCGGGGCUGGAAGAGGGAGCAGCCGGCAAGGUGGCCCCCAAGCCGGCCAAAGGAUGUAUAAACAGUCGAUGGCUCAGAGAGCCAGGACUAUGGCUCUCUACAACCCCAUCCCUGUCAAACAGAACUGCUUCACAGUCAACAGAUCCCUCUUCAUCUUCAGUGAAGAUAAUGUUAUACGGAAAUACGCCAAGCGAAUAACAGAGUGGCCUCCAUUUGAAUACAUGAUUUUAGCUACAAUCAUAGCCAAUUGUAUUGUGCUGGCUCUGGAACAACAUUUGCCGGAUGGAGACAAGACACCGAUGUCAGAGAGACUGGACGACACUGAGCCGUACUUUAUUGGAAUAUUUUGUUUUGAAGCUGGUAUCAAAAUCAUCGCUCUGGGCUUUGUUUUUCACAAAGGCUCCUACCUGCGGAACGGCUGGAACGUGAUGGAUUUUGUCGUGGUCCUCACAGGGAUUCUGGCGACUGCUGGGACAGACUUUGACCUGCGGACGCUGCGAGCGGUGCGGGUGCUGCGGCCCCUGAAACUCGUCUCGGGAAUCCCAAGUCUGCAGGUUGUCCUCAAGUCCAUCAUGAAGGCCAUGGUGCCCUUGCUGCAGAUUGGGCUGCUCCUGUUCUUCGCCAUCGUGAUGUUUGCCAUCAUUGGGCUGGAGUUUUACAUGGGCAAAUUCCAUAAAACCUGCUUUUCCAACGAGACAGGUGAGGAGGUGGGGGAUUUUCCCUGUGGAGAGGAGCCUCCUGCCAGGCAGUGUGAGAGCGGGACCACGUGCAGGGAGUACUGGCAGGGCCCCAACUACGGCAUCACCAACUUUGACAACAUCCUGUUCGCCGUGCUCACCGUGUUCCAGUGCAUCACCAUGGAGGGCUGGACCGACAUCCUCUACAACGGUCUGGUUCUGGUGGAAUUUGUGGUGCUUUGA